GGCCUGCGGCGCGGAUGGCGGCGCUGGAGGCGGACGACGCCGGGGCCGCCCUGGAUCAUCUCAUCACCCAGUUCAACAGCUACGACGAUUACUUGGACUCGCAGAUCACCACGCAGGACCUGUUCUACCUGGAGAAUGAGGAGAUGGCUCGCCAGCUGGUGGAGCUGGGAUUCCGGGGAAGCGGUGAGGUCCUGAAAAGGGAAGAGUUUGAAGCAAGAAAAGCGGCUGCAGAGGCUUCAAGGCUCUCUGAAAGAACCCAGCAAAAAACGUUAUCAAGUGCAGGAAAAGAACUGAAGGAUAAUUUUCUGAAGGCAUUGGCAGAAAGGGAGGAAGCCAACCGCAGUGGGAAAAUGGCUUCCAUAAUCUUCAUUCGUGACCGAAAUUCUCGUGGUCAGGAGGUGUCUGCCUACAUUGACUAUGCACACAGGCUGAAGAUUGAUGAAUUUGAAAUAUAUUUUAAUGGAAAGAAAAAGCUUUUUCCAAGACGCACUGAUCUGAGCUUUUACAACUGGGAUAGAAAUGUCAGCACUUCAAAUGCCAGUCCAAAUUACCAAGUGAUUGCAGAAAAUGCAUGUGGAUUACUCUUCAAGAACAAAUGUGAUAGGAAAAUAGUAAAUGUGGAUCCCAAGGCUUACCCAGGAGACAGCACAACUCGGACACCUAUUGAGACAGAUCUCUACCUCCAAGUAGUCAUCUAUGACCAUAUCCUCAGAAGAAAGACCUAAACACCAGCUCAUUGGCUCUUCCUUCAAGUAUCUGUUUACCAACUUUUAUUUUAACUGUAAAAGAAAUAAAUCAGUUUGAAGAGAUCUCUACCAUGUGUGAAACUGGUCUUCCGGUGGAAUGGGAUGGUGACGUUUGGUCUGGGUUAGGGUCAGUUUGUGGCAGGCUGUUUCAGGGAUGCUGGGCGGAAGGAUACCCUGCCCCACUAUGCCCCUGGGCAGUAGUGGGGUUCCUUGCAAUCCCCAGAUCACAAGUACUGCCUUUCCUAGUGCCCUUGGGGCACAUGACACUGCAAAGGCAGUUGGAGUGAAGAGGUGAGGUCAUGGCCCCAACUUCUUCCCAUUUCACAGAAGCCAGCAGACCCGGCUGACUACAUGGGGGGGCACGCUGCCCCCCUUAAGCAGUAUAGUAGCAAGAAUAUUACCAUGUGUAGUAGGAGGUUCAGACUCCUGCCUGCAGCUCCCCCUUGGGCAGCGUGGCUCCCCUACACAGAGCUGUGCCUCUGUGGCACAAUUGAUCCCCGAGUGACCACUUCUGAGGGCCACCCCCAGGACUCAUCCAGGAAGAUCACACUACAGAAGAUAACAAUGGGUGUGAAGAAAUUUGCACUGCUCCUGUGGCCCUAGAGCACAACUUUCCUUCCUGCUCUUGCAGUGGCUCCAGUACAGCUGGCCACGUCAGCAACUCUCUGGUAUGAGGCUGUAAGUUCGGGCAGCAGCCCAAUGCCCCAAGCUAUUCUCCUUUGUUCCUGUGGCACUUAGAUAAGCUGCCAGUGCACAUACGAUCCAGACUUUGGAGCUAUUGAUGGAUACCUCCAUCCCAAGCACUUUGUAGCCAUCUGCUGAGUGGACAACAGGGAGGGGAAGCACCAAACUAUACAGCAAAAAAAGCAAGUAGAAAGCAAAGAAAAAGAAUA